GUGUCUGAACCAGUUAGGAAGAAUGACUCUGGAGUCCAUCAUGGCGUGCUGCCUGAGCGAGGAAGCCAAGGAAGCCCGGCGGAUCAACGACGAGAUCGAGAGGCAGCUGCGUCGGGACAAGCGGGACGCCCGCCGCGAGCUGAAGCUGCUGCUGCUGGGCACAGGAGAGAGUGGCAAAAGCACAUUUAUCAAGCAAAUGAGAAUCAUUCAUGGAUCAGGUUACUCUGAUGAAGACAAAAGGGGCUUUACAAAACUGGUGUACCAGAAUAUAUUUACAGCAAUGCAGGCCAUGAUCAAGGCCAUGGAUACUCUCAAAAUCCCAUACAAGUGUGAAAAUAACAAGGUUCAUGCACUAUUAGUUCGAGAAGUUGAUGUAGAGAAGGUGUCAAGUUUUGAGAACCCAUAUGUAGAUGCAAUAAGAAGCUUAUGGAAUGACCCUGGAAUUCAGGAGUGUUACGAUAGACGACGGGAAUAUCAAUUAUCAGAUUCAACUAAAUACUAUCUUAAUGACUUGGACCGCAUAGCAGAUUCCACCUAUCUGCCAACCCAGCAAGAUGUGCUCAGAGUUCGAGUCCCAACAACAGGGAUCAUUGAAUAUCCAUUUGAUUUACAAAGCGUCAUUUUCAGAAUGGUGGAUGUAGGAGGCCAACGAUCAGAAAGGAGAAAAUGGAUACAUUGCUUUGAAAAUGUCACAUCUAUCAUGUUCCUAGUAGCUCUUAGUGAAUAUGAUCAAGUGCUUGUGGAGUCAGAUAAUGAGAAUCGAAUGGAAGAAAGCAAAGCACUCUUUAGGACAAUUAUCACAUAUCCAUGGUUCCAGAACUCUUCAGUUAUUCUGUUCUUAAAUAAGAAAGAUCUUCUGGAGGAGAAAAUUAUGUACUCCCAUCUAGUUGAUUAUUUUCCAGAGUAUGAUGGACCACAACGGGAUGCACAGGCAGCGCGAGAGUUCAUCCUGAAGAUGUUCGUAGACCUGAAUCCAGACAGUGACAAAAUUAUCUACUCUCACUUCACAUGUGCUACAGACACAGAGAACAUCCGCUUCGUCUUUGCUGCUGUCAAGGACACAAUCCUACAGUUAAACCUGAAGGAGUACAACCUGGUCUAACUGUACCUGGGGCAUCCUCCAAAACCAACUUUCUGUGAUUGAAGACAUACAAGAGGGACUGUAUUAUAAUCUGUGAAAACAAUUUGCAUAAUACUAAUUUAUUGCUGGCCUGGACUCUGUGAAUGUCCACAGAGUUUGUAGUUAAUAUUACAAUUUUAUUUAAAGUAUGUGGAGGAAAAACAAAAGAUGCUGAAGUACAUUCACAGCACAUUUCCUCAUUUUUUAGGUAAAACCGUGUGACUCAAUGUGUUUCAAAUUCUCAGUCAUACAUUUACAAAAGAUAGCAGUUUUUUGCUAUUGAAGCAAAAUCAAGCUGGUUUUCUCUUUACCUUACCCUUUCUCUCCCCCUCCUUUCCUGCUCCCCAUAUCUUUUAAAAGGUACAAUGGCCAUUUUUUUCCCCCAGUUGCAUUCCUGGGUGAAAUAUUUUCUGUUGAAUUAUCUGGUCAGGAAAACACUAUCAUCACAGUUUUAAGUCAUCAGUCAUCCUAAUUUUAUAGUGUGUACUUUCUUUGAAGGAUCAAAAUAGUAUUGAUACUGUGAUUUUUAAAUUCUUUACAUGGGUGUCUUCAUUCUGUCUUCACUUCUGAGACUAGAAUAUUGGGAUUGUAAAAUAGAAUUACAGUUGUCUAAGGAUCAUAAAUGUAACCGUAGUUCUACAGUUAAGAAAGGUGCACAGAAGACAGUAAUGAAGUAAUUAGGAUACAAUCUGGGAUGUACAUGGAAUAUGUUAGAACCUCUUUUUAAUUGCCAUGUGCCAUUUUUUCUCUCUUAUUUUAUUCACAAAUGCCAAAUAGAAAAGUCAUAGACACUACAUUUUCCCCAGUGGCUGCAGUCUGAAACAAUGUUUUUCUCAGUUGUGUGGGGUGUUUUUUCUUAAGUUAGAGCUUUUUUAAAUGUUCGUUUUCCACAGUAGAAAAAUUAUUUUUAUUGUACAAAAUUCAUGUUGCCAAAUCUGGCUUUUUAUAAAACCAAUGCGCUUGAAACAUAUGCUGAUUGAAAUGCCAAAUGGAUGGGUUGGGAACUGACCUGAUUGAAUCAACUGCCAAAUGAUUAACACACAGUUUCAGCUUAUGUGUUCCUUUUUUUAGAAAGUGUACCAUUUUCUAAUGCCAAAACCAACAUGUAAGUGAAUAUUCUAUAAGGUGUACCAUGGUAAUUUCUUUUGUACCCGGAUGUAGUCUAGUAAUUUAAAGAUAAUGUAGAUCUCUCAUUUUGUAAGUCAUGACGUGAGAUUGUUUUCUGUAAUAAUGUCAAGGCACCUUCAGUUGUGUUACAAGAAGUUAUUGAUGAGAGAUCACAUUCAGGAACCUUUUUUGAUAAGGUUAAUUGUUAAUUGAUUCACAGGCAUUUGAUAGGCUUUUAUGCAAAAAAGCCUCUCUCAGUGUUCUUUAGAAGAGAUUUAUAAAUGUAAAUGAAGUAGUGAGAAAAUCAUUCUUGAAAUUUAAAUGUGCAAUUUUUAACAACAAAAGUGCAGCACACAUUGUUGAGCCUUUAUUCUGCAGCUUAGGUUGAAAGGUUUUUUGAUCAGGUGCAAGAUUGCUAGCUAGAAAACUCUGUGUAGAGUUCAGACAUGUAAUUGGAUUGAUUAUCUUUGAUGCCAACGGGCACUAGAGUGCACUUAACACAAAAAUGGCUGUCACUUAGCAGCAGAUGGGAGGUGAAAAAAUAAUGGUUUAUUAGUUGAUUACCAAAGUUAACAAUUAAUACUAAUGAGAUAUUUUUCAUCUGAAACCCUCCCAAAUCCAAAAGAACAAUAAUAAGAAGAGUUGCUAUUUUUUGCUCCCUCUAAAAACACCUUGUAAUUUAAAACUGGUUGUAGGUAUAGUGCAAUUAUGAAUGCUAUAAUCAUUGUACAUACAUAUAUAUAUAUAUAUAUAUAUAUAUAUAUGGCAGCAUCCAUAUUGGCUUUGUAAUCAUUAAUUUUUGGCAAAUUGAAUGUGCUGUAUUGAUAUGUAUCUAUGUAAUUGUAUUGUAUGUCUUAUAGCUAAUUCACAUUUUAAAUAAUGUUAUUUUAUUUACUUUUUUAAGAGAGAAGAAUGUAAAUUUUGUCAGUUUCUUUCUGACUAGGGAUUUGUUGUUGUUUUUAUUUACAAAAGAAAAUACUAUAGUACAGA